CAAAACAAAAGACGUAAGAAAAUACAAAUAAAAUCGGAGAAAUCCAGCUAGAUUUUCUAAUUUUGCAAAAUAAGCGAUACGUCCAGAAAAAUGUCCUCAAACUUUAGAUAUACUAUGGUGCGAACUGUACGCCCUUAUGUCAAAUAUUUUCCGCAAUUAACGAAGCCAGUACUUCGGGUGCUUAUUAAAGUUUCUGUUCAUUAUUUGGAGAGUUCGAAGUGUUCACCGGAAGAAUUAGACUUGGAGUUGACGAAACUUACACAUUCUGGCCAAGACAUUCCAGAUAACUUUUGUGAAUUAUUCGCAGCAGUGCUGCAAAUUAUGCAAAUAUUUUUGCGUACGCCAAAAGGUAUUGUAAAAGACCACGAACUACGAGACUGCCUUAAGGAACUGAGAUUUACUGAUGAAUGUGUUGAAGACUUAAGUAAAGUAUUGUAUAACCAUCGUGCCUCGUUAACGAAGAAUUUCAUUGAGGCCAAGACAACACGUUCCAAACCAAAGAACUUGCAAUGGCGUAUCAACAUAUCACUAGGAGAGGGGUAUGUAUGUUUUAACUCUUUAAAUAUUUUAAUAUUUUUAUUUCAUUUUUUUCGUGACAGCACAUGCAACGGUAGUAUCAAUGCACCAACUAUCAUAUUACAUUUUCAAUUACCCGAUGGUCGUUACCGCACACUGGAAUUUCCACUGUCAAUGUUUCAUCAACUGCGCUAUAAUGUUGCUCUGCUACUAAGUGAAAUGCAAGCACUUGAAAGUCGCGCUGUAAUGAAGAAAUUUUAAGUUUGAUAUAAAUAAUCUAUAUGGAACUUUCUAUUGGAAAUUUGAAUGCUCAAUUAGGCCAACGUGCCAUUUAUAAAAUUGGAUCUUGACAAUAUUUAUUGGAGCAAGAAUAUAUUAUAUUUAUGGAAUUAACUCACCUUCGCAUUAUUAUGUGUAUGGAUGGACAUACAAAGCGAAGCUUUUUAUCUGUCUGAUAUUUGUUGCGUUAUUUACCAAUGUAUUACAAGAGUAUUUAAUGUAGCUUUGUUAGUAAAGGUGUUCAAUGUAAUGUUAUUAAAUUGUUAUAGAAGUUAGGGCAAUUACGUGAUUAGCAAGUAAUACAAGAACAGAGUUGUGCAAAUAAUGUUUUCAAUAAUAUAUUCAUAUAUAUUUAAAGCAAAGACAGACUUUUAGAUAGUAGGUUAAAUAAAAUUUACAUUAUACACGCAUAUUGAUGUGCAUAUGUGCUUUCUAUGUAUGAAACAAUAAAUAUUCAAUAUAUUAACAAAUUGGAAAA